UGAAUCGACUGUUUUCAGAAGUUGCCGCUUCACCGUCGAUUGUCUGUGGCGUGAAAACCAUAGCUUAAAUAGUGUUGUUUUCAGAUUAAACUAAAAGAAACUGUAAGCUAUGGCUUCCGAGCGAUAUAGCUUCUCGCUGACCACCUUCAGCCCUUCGGGAAAACUGGUCCAGAUCGAAUAUGCCCUUGCUGCUGUCGCUGCCGGUGCUCCGUCGGUGGGCAUUAAGGCCGUCAACGGCGUCGUCAUCGCGACGGAGAACAAGCAGAAGUCCAUCCUGUACGAUGAACACAGCGUGCCCAAGGUGGAGAUGGUCACCAACCACAUCGGUAUGAUCUACUCCGGCAUGGGCCCCGAUUACCGACUGCUGGUGAAGCAGGCGCGCAAGCUGGCCCAGAACUACUACCUGACCUACCGCGAGCCUAUCCCCACCUCGCAGCUGGUGCAGAAAGUGGCCACCGUCAUGCAGGAGUACACGCAGUCUGGUGGUGUCCGUCCGUUCGGUGUGUCCCUGUUGAUCUGCGGUUGGGACGAGGGCCGACCAUACCUGUUCCAGUGCGACCCGUCCGGUGCGUACUUCGCGUGGAAGGCAACGGCGAUGGGCAAGAACGCCAACAAUGGCAAGACGUUCCUCGAGAAGCGCUACAGUGAGGAUCUCGAGCUGGACGAUGCGGUCCACACGGCCAUCCUCACGCUGAAGGAAGGCUUCGAAGGGCAGAUGAACGCGGAUAACAUCGAAGUAGGCAUUUGCGAUGCGAACGGUUUCCGCCGGCUCGAUCCCUCGGAUGUGCAGGAUUACUUGGCCAAUAUUCCGUAAGCGUAUAAUUUUUUUUUGUAAGGCAAUAUACAUCGUGUCCUUUUUCUUUCCUCUACAAUACUUUGUGGACAUACGGAUGUCAAUGCUGUGGGAAUAAACUUAUGAUUUGGAAAUCAAU